CCAGGGCUGUGCGCGGGGAGGCAGAGCAUCAGUAGGGAGAAAUCCAGGCUAGGGGGCACUUCCGAGCAAGUGGAGGGGUUGGAAGGGGCAGGCGAAGAGACAAAGAGAAGGGAGGACAUGAGAGAAGGCACAGGGAGAGAGCAGGGCAUCAGCUGAGCUAAACCACGCCAGGAAAAGCGUGGGAGAGGUUUCUUGGGCAAGAAGACAAAGCAGCGAGUGGCCUUUCCCCAUGGGGAAAGGGGGUGAGAAAGGAGGGGAAUCGGGGGAGCCGGAGGCGCAAAUCCGCUUCUACACUUGGGAGGAGAUCCAGAAGCACACCCUGAGGACGGACAGGUGGCUGGUGAUAGAGCGCAAGGUGUAUAAUGUCACCCAGUGGGCAAACAGGCACCCGGGGGGUUCGCGAGUCAUCAGCCACUGCGCCGGCGAAGAUGCCACGGAUGCGUUCCAGGCUUUCCAUAUCAAUCCCACCUUGGUGCAGAAGUUUCUCAAGCCAUUACUCAUCGGAGAGCUUGCUCCAGGGGAACCUAGCCAGGACCGAGAUAAAAACUCCCAGCUGGUGGAGGAUUUCCGGGCGCUGAGGAAAACAGCAGAGGACAUGAACUUAUUCAGAGCAAAUCCCUUGUUCUUCUCUCUUUACUUGGGCCAUAUCAUUGCAAUGGAAGUUUUGGCUUGGUUAAUGGUUUUAUACUUUGGUACUGGCUGGGUCACAACUCUCAUCCUCUCCUGCAUCCUUACAACUUCACAGGCCCAGGCAGGGUGGCUGCAACAUGAUUUUGGACACCUCUCUGUCUUUAAGAAGUCUUCCUGGAACCACAUCGUCCACAAGUUUGUCAUUGGACACCUGAAGGGUGCCUCUGCAAACUGGUGGAACCAUCGUCACUUCCAACACCAUGCCAAGCCCAAUAUAUUCAAGAAGGACCCAGAUGUGAACAUGCUGCAUGUUUUUGUCCUUGGAGAUACACAGCCUGUUGAGUAUGGCAAGAAGAAGCUGAAGUACCUGCCUUACAACCACCAGCACGAAUACUUCUUCCUCAUCUUCCCACCUCUGCUCAUCCCUGUGUAUUUCCAAAUCCAAAUCAUCUCGACCAUGAUCAAGCGCAGGUUCUGGGCGGACCUAGCCUGGGCCAUCAGCUACUACAUUCGCUACUUCAUCACAUAUAUCCCGUUCUAUGGCGUUCUGGGAUCCUUGUUGCUCCUCACUUUUGUCAGGUUUCUGGAGAGUCACUGGUUUGUGUGGGUCACCCAGAUGAAUCACAUUCCAAUGGAAAUCGAUGGGGAGAAGCACAGAGACUGGCUUAGCGCUCAGGUGGCAGCCACUUGCAAUAUCGAGCAGUCCUUUUUCAACGACUGGUUCACUGGGCACCUGAAUUUCCAAAUCGAGCACCACCUGUUUCCAACAAUGCCACGGCACAAUUUCUGGAAGGUGAAACCUUUGGUGAAGUCAUUAUGUGCCAAGUAUGGAGUCCAAUAUGAAGAGAAACCUCUUGGAAAAGCAUUUGUAGACAUUGUUGGGUCCCUAAAGAAAUCUGGAGAUCUCUGGCUGGAUGCUUACCUCCAUAAGUGAACAUGAGUCUUAACGGGGUGGUGUGAGUGCCAGGGAGGGAUGGGGGGGUGCGGGGGGGACAUCACACAUGCAUCUUCUACUCUCGGAUUUCAGUCUAUAGCUGCGUGCACAGUUGGAGGGGGGGGAGGGUCCUGUCUUGUGAACUGGUACGGGCUCAGGCAACCUGUGUAAUCCAGACAGAUUUAAAAUAUGCUUCAGAAGAUGAAAAGCAAUGCCAGUAUUGCACAAAACAGAAGGUUGGGAGAGGAUGGAGAGGAACAGUGUUUAAAAAUGGGGCAUUAAUAUCCAACCUUGACCUUCUCAUCAAAAGAUUCUACCUAAACCUCACAAAUCCCUGAUUCACAGACACGAAAGACUUGUUACACUUCAGUGAGUAUUUACAAUCCAAGGACAUGCCCGUCAGCUUACGCCUCUUUCCUCUUUCCCAUAUUUGUGUAAAAGAGGAGCUCAGCACAGAGUUUCAUUUUCUUAUCAAGGCGAAAAUAACGUGGUCCAUGAUGCCCAUCGCACCAGGGAGCUCAGUUGGGCUGUGACGGCCGUCAGCUCUGCCUGCAGGAAUCGCACCCCACUGAGACCGGCAGCUGCUGUAUCAUGAUGAGGCAUCAGCCCAAAGCCUUGCUGUCUUGGACUCCCUCCUUUCUCUCCUUUCUCUCCCUCCUUUCUCUCCCUCCUUUCUUUUUCUAAUCCUAGCAUCACUUUAGUGAAAGCUGUGGUACUGACCCUGCACAACUAAUGUCUAACCACCUCUCAGCAGGGUUAACAUAGCUGUAUUUUUAUAACCAGCCCCUAUUUCCAGGGGUCUGCGGAAGAUCUUUGGGCUUAAACAGCACAAUAUCUCCUUUAGGAGACGAUCUGUUUUCUCUUUAAUGAGCAACAGGUCUGGCGUAGCAUUAUGGUUGUCAGUAAAUUACAUAAAAGACCAAAACAAGUCACCAUAAGCAAAACUUACUAAUUGCUUGAGUGCUCCAGCGUAACCACAAAUGGUCUUUUCAGCAGAGCAGUUAGGCAGCGUGCUGCAAAACCACAUGGUUCUGCCUGUCUGCACAUGCCUGGCAGAAACCAAGCCUCUUUCUGCUUCACAGAGGCCAGGAGCAAUGGCACUGUUUACUCUUCUCUUGGGAACAAUCAGCAAAGAAAAUGAGUUCUCCCUGCAAAAGGAAGAGUCAACCAUUUGAAAUGUCCCCCCGGUCCUUCAGGGAAGCAGUCAGAAACAGAACUGACCAGGCUGUGCUGGUGAUAGGAAACCUCUUACAAGUUGUCUAAAACUCUUUAUUUUUCUGCCCAACACCUAAUUAGCAAAAUCCAUUAAUGGAUUAUCAGGAGAUAUGGUUGAACAGCUUCCAGGUGCUUCUGUAACAGGCAACCUGACCCCAACUAAAUCAAGGGCUUUCGAUUCGGUUGCAAUAUAACCGAAGAGAUGUACCCAUUAGUUUAUGAUAAAGGGCUGUGGUUUCCAAAGCAGUCUCGUUGCUCGCUCAAAACACCCAGAAGGGAUACUCGUGCAGUGACUUUGCACACCUCAUUACUUCAUUCAGCUCUGAAACUCGAUCCUCUCUGAAAUCCUUGAUCCCACAAAAUCAGCAAGGUUCUUCAUGCACAGAGACAACACCAGCCACUUCCAAAUGUAUUCCACCACCUCCUGCCCUCUUUGGAGAAUAAGAUGAGAAUGUUUCUUGCCUACAGAUAGGAAAUUCAUAGGCAAGGCUGCAACUUAAGCUCUUUAGUAAUACUUAAGGUUUGUAAAGGGCUUAUUCUGAUGUUCUUGCCCACCCCUAAGAUGGCAACACAUGAAAAUCACUAGGAGCAAUUAAGAUGAAAAGCUGCUGUCUCUGGGGUGUCUGAACACACUUCAAGCCAAUUUUAUAGAUGAUUUUUAAUAGUAUAAACAAUAACGUCCUUCUAGAUGCUGGAAGUUCCCAGGCAGGCAGUAACGGACUCGCCUGGGAUUAUGGUUAAUGUUGUAAAGACUGCCUUAAUAUGUGCAUCUCUUUCUGACUCCUUGAAUGUAUCUCACUGUUUCUGCUCCAGCCAGGGUGACCACAAGCACACAGUAGCAUCAGCAGUACAAUCUUUUAAAUAUUCGUCUUAUUUUUUUUAACAGUUAAUAUUUUUUCACCCCUCCAGUUCUUAUUUCCAGAGUAAACGUUUUCUCAACGCGGAUGCCUCUUCCCCUUUACGCUGUCCUCUCUUCUCUCUCUCUUACCUUUCUUCAUGAGAAACUGUUUGCUUUUUAACACCUAGAGAAACUGCAGAAAAUCAGUAGCUCAGCCUAGGUAAACAGUCUUGCUUUAGCAGCUUGGCUUCCUUUUUGCCACUGAUCAGCCCACUGGAAGGAUUGUUGUUCUGCUACAAACCCAAAGCACUGCCAACACAACAGCCUGGCCUAGGAGACAGCACCUACUACUGAUGGUGGAUGAAAGAACAUGAAACAUUCAAGGAGAGCAACUAUGCUGCAACGAUCUGCAGAAGAAAAGACCAGCUCUUAGGCAAAUGGACAAGUUUUUCCCCCCAAGACCUUAGCAGAAGAUACCAAUGGGAAGAAAUGGGGCAACAGGAGAGAUCUUGAUACUUCCCCAGCCCCCUGCUUCUUUCAGACUCUCAAGGAAUGCCCUUUUCAUGACAGAUGCUUGGUUGCUCAAACACAGAAAUAAAACCUGUGCAAUGUUAUAGUCAGAACCGAUUUCCAAGUGUCAUUAUCCUGGCUAUUUCAAGAUCAAGGACUGUUGGCAAAGAAUAGGUCAUCAUCAUCCCUUUGUAACUAGCAAUGUAUUUUUCUUAUUCAGUGUACUUACAUGUGCAAAAAUCUUGUCUGGUGACAAUAAGAUGUUGGUUAAUUUUGCAGGCAAAGCCAUUCUGGUGCACACAGUUUCUUCCCCUCCCUCCAAAAGAAAAAAAAAUCCCAGCCCUCUAUCUUGGAAUUCAAGCUGUUUUGUACGUGCCUUGAUGGUUAAGUUCUCCAUCCUUUAACUGGAGCAGGUCUAACAGCUCCCUGACAGAGAGCCCUGAAGUCUGGAGCAAUCAGUUCUAAUGUUAAGUAGCACUAAAGUGAAAUUAGGUUUACAGGAGAUGUUCCAGAAGUUUCAGUCAAACUGCACGCUUCGGUGGAUAUAAAGUUCACAUGACCUCAUUUGGCUUUGUCUCCAAGCUGGGCAAAAUGCAGCGACUGAUGACAGAGGGACAUCCUUUGCAGGUUACAAUUAGCCAUCAAAAUGGUCAAAUGCAGACAUUUAAGGGCAGUUUUACUGAGCUUUCUUAGGACCAUAACUAACCAGUUUCUCUGAGAAUAAUGAGGUGAAACCUUGUAUGCUUUCUCUCUUGAUAAAGGUCAUUCGUUUGCUCUGUAAUGAGACAGAAACACACAAUAAAAACCUGUAAAACAU